CGAUAUACCGACACUUUAAAAGUACAAAAGAGGAUUACGGAUCGUUGUUUUGGAUAACUGAUCAACAAGAACAAAUUGCUAAAAAUGGGCACUAUCGAGAAACGCUCAUUCUCCUUCCGGCUGCGCCGCUCCUUCGGCGACGGCGGCAGCACAAACAGCCGCAACAGCAACAACAACAGCAGCACCUGCACCAACCACAACAACCAAAAGCGCUGCAGCACUCCGUUGACGCCGACCAGCACCAGCACCGGGCGACUGGAGGUGCCGGGAGCGGCCUCCGUCAGCCGUCGGAGCAGCAUCUACAAGAAGCCAGACAAGAACGAUGGCGGUCAGAUCCACCUCAUUCCGGACGUGGAACUCCCUUUGAUGACCUUUGCUGAUCAGUACAAUAUCGAGAAGACACUGGCCGAGGGAUGCUUCGCCAAGAUCCUGCUGUGCAGGCACAGACCGACCAGCACUUUGGUGGUCCUGAAGGCGGUGCAUGCCGAGUUGACCACGAUCAAGGAGUUCCAGAAGGAGUUCCACUACAACUACGAGCUGUCGCACCACCACCACAUCCUAAGCGCCUAUGCGGUGGCUUUCCAGACAAUGGACUACUACGUGUUCGCUAUGGAGCACGCUCCCUACGGAGAUCUGGCCUCGAACAUCGGACCCAAUGGUCUGCACGAGAACGCCUGCAAGUUGAUCUCCGAGCAGCUCAGCUCUGCCCUCGGAUUCAUGCACUCCAAGAGCCUGGUGCAUCGUGAUCUGAAGAUCGAGAACAUUCUGGUAUUCACGCCGGACUUCACGCGUGUGAAGCUGUGCGACUUCGGAGCCACCACGAAGAAGGGUUUGCUGGUGCACAAGGUGAAGCACACGUGGACCAGCUGUGUGCCGCCGGAGCAGCUGGAACUGAUCAAGAACGAACGGUUCCAGUGCCUCCCCGUCAGCGAUUCCUGGCAGUUUGGCAUCCUGCUGUACAACAUCCUCACCGGUAAUCCACCCUGGCAAUCCGCGGACUGGGUGAAGGAUCAGUCGUAUGCGAACUUCAUGAAAUACGAACAGCGUAAGACGACCAAAGUGCCGGACAACUUUAGGCGCUUCUCGCCACGUCUUAUGCGCUGUUUCCGAAAGUAUCUGAGCCACGAUCCCGAGGACCGCUGCAAGAUCACUGAGGUGGCCAAGUACAUGAAAGACCGCUGGGUGGAGUGCCGCAUCUCCACCUCUAAGUCGGCCACGCUCAUCUCGCCCACCAACCACGACCAGGACUCCUGCAUCUACCUCAACCAGCGGGAGGGUCGUCUAUCCGGGGAUGAGAACAAGCUGCGCUUUAAGCGGAUGAUGUCCACCUAUGGUCUGGACAUCCCCAUCGAUCAGGCGAUGGUGCGACGGCGGGUCUGGGACUGGCUUUCCACUUGCGAUGCCAACUUUGAUCCGGACGUGGAGAGUCUGCAUGCUCUGGAUCUAAUGCAGUAGAGUAUGAUGGUUCUAUUCCUUGAAGUUCUUCAAGAGGUUUGAAUAACAAAUCAAAAUGAAAGAAUAAUGGACCUUAUAGAUACACCUCCGGAAUUUUCGAAAGAUUUUUGAAAACUUAACCCGUAGGAUUUAUACGGUUCAAAGUUAAUAGAGAUAAAAUCAAUGUGUAUAUAGACCGAUAUCGCUCAAUAGGAGAGCGGAACAGGGUUGAAUAUCAACAUCCCAAACGGAAACUGUUAGAAUUUGUGGAUCUAUAAGAUCGUUUUUGUAGAGCAGAGAAGCCACCCCUCGAUGGGUUUUUCUGUUGUUCUGCGAGUGCAAAAUCCCAGAACUGAAAUUAAUAUAAUUUUAUAUAGAUGCAAUUUGGUAUAGCUAAGUAGUAAGAAUUUGUAGGAUAAUGAAACCCAGUUUGAGAAAAAACAACACGUCUACGGAUAACUUUCCAGUAGUGUUACCUUUCUAGUCUUCCGCUACGAUGAUUUUCUAUAUACUAUAUACUCUCUAUAUAUUAUAUUAUAUAUGUACUUAGUCUUAGGGUUAUCUUUAUGAGUGUACUAUAAUGUGUGAUUUACGCGUUACUUACUUUAUGUGUACGGGUUACAAACUAAUGCAAUUAUCUAGACCUAGACUUUAAAGAGAUUUAAGGAGUGCUCCUGAUGCAUUCACGACCAAUUAUUAGACGACUAAGGUUUGUUUUAUAUUUAUAAUAGACUAUAUAAAUAUAUAUAUAUGUAUUUAUGUACCUACCCCUACUAUGACCCAUUGAUGUGUAGAUGCCAUUUGUGAGUAUCAAAAGAUUUGUAAAUACUAUUUAAUUGCAAACGACUUUUAAAGUAUAUUUAUGGUAUAUGUUAAUACCCUGUGUGUACACCUACGAAAUGCUAAAAAUAUAGAACCGACAACUGAGUUUAUUUAAAAA